CAGUUGUCACUCUUCGAGGUUGGUGUUUUUCGUUUCCACGCUCUCAAGAACUAAUAAAUAAUAAAAAUGGCCUGCUUGGAAGGAAAGAAAUACAAAUUGGACAAAAGCGAAAACUUCGAUGAAUACAUGAAGGAAUUGGGUGUUGGUAUGGUCCUCCGCAAGAUGGCCAACACCGUUACCCCCACUGUCGAAUUGAAGAAGGACGGUGAUCUCUAUACUUUCACCACUACUUCAACUUUCAAGACAUCCAGCAUUUCCUUCAAGUUGGGUGAGGAAUUCGAUGAAGAAACUUUGGAUGGCCGCAAAGUCAAGUCUGUUUGCACCAUGGAUGGAAAUACUUUGACCCAAGAACAAAAAGGCGACAAGCCAUCCACCAUUGUUCGUGAGUUUUCCGACAGCGAAUUGAUCACCACUCUUACCAUUGGUGACAUCAAAUCCGUUCGUGUAUACAAGGCUGUUUAAAUUUAACAACUUGAAAAUGUCCUUCAUCGGAAAGUGGACCUUUGGCGACUGAUUUCAUUUCCAUUUGUUUUUGUUUAAGCUUCAACUAACAGUUGUUAUUACAUAACAAUAUUUUUUUGUAUUAAGACCAUUGUAAAAUUAAUGUUUGCAUUUAAAAAAAAAACUAUUUAAAUCUUGAUUUAAUAAAUAAAAGACAUACGUUGCCAUAAUAAACGGUGGCGACAUAAAAGAAAAAAAAAAAACAA